UAUUGUUGUUCUAUUGUAAUUUUUCACUGGGAAUGGUUCUUUGAUAUUAUUUUUUCUUCAUUCACAAUGACCAAACCAUGCCAUUGUACUUGAUAGCCUCUUAGUAGUUGCUUUGAUGAUUAAUGUGAUGUUUUGUUGGACAAGGCAAGCAUAUCAAAUGAAAACUACUUCAGUUUGUGUAAAAUGCUCAUUUUCAUUUUCCAGAUUUAUUCAUGCAUUGUUUCUGAUGUUUUGGUAAAAUCUCUAAUCCCGCAGUUUGCAACCUUAACAUUGAUAAUAUGAUUUUCACACAUUUUUCUGAUCUACAGCGUCUGCGAGAUGAUUUCAAGUCCAAUCAGGAGCAACUGGUUGCAGUUCUUAAUCUUCUUAUGUACUGUUGCAAAAUCAGAGAAAAUAGACGAGCCUUGUUGAAGCUAGGAGCUUUAGGUUUGCUUCUUGAGACUGCAAGGCGAGCUUUCUCAGUUGAUGCCAUGGAGCCAGCUGAAGGCAUACUUUUGAUUGUAGAAAGUCUGACCUUAGAAGCGAAUGAAAGUGACAAUAUAAGCAUCACACAAAGUGCCCUUACUGUCACUAGUGAAGAAGCUGGAACAGGUGAGCAAGCCAAGAAGAUAGUUCUAAUGUUCUUGGAGAGAUUAUCUCAUCCAUUGGGGCUUAAGAAAUCAAACAAACAACAGAGGAACACAGAGAUGGUUGCUCGAAUAUUGCCUUACUUAACCUAUGGUGAACCUGCAGCUAUGGAAGCUCUUAUCGAGCAUUUUAGUCCUUACUUGCAAGAUUGGGGAGCAUUUGACCAUUUGCAGAAACAACAUCUGAAUAAUCCAAAGGAUGAUAAUAUUGCUCAGCAAGUUGCGAAGCAGAGAUUCACACUGGAAAAUUUUGUUAGAGUUUCAGAGUCUCUCAAGACAAGUUCUUGUGGAGAGAGAUUAAAGGACAUUAUCCUAGAGAAAGGUAUAACUAAAACGGCAAUAACAUAUUUGAAAGAUAAUUUUUCCAAUACAGGGCAGGCUGGAUUUAAGAACAGUGCUGAAUGGGCACAGGGUUUAACACUGCCAUCUGUCCCCCUUAUAUUGUCUUUGCUGAGGGGUUUAUCAAUGGGGCAUAUGCUCACUCAGAAGUGUAUUGAUGAAGAAGGUAUCUUACCCUUGUUGCAUGCAUUGGAAGGAGUUACAGUAGUAAAUGAAAUCGGGGUAAGGGCUGAAAAUUUGUUGGACACACUAUCUAACAAGGAGGGGAAAGGAGAUGGAUUCUUAGAGGAAAAGGUGUGUAAGCUGCGGCAUGCAACUAGGGAUGAAAUGAGGCGACGGGCUCUACGGAAGAGAGAGGAAUUGCUUCAGGGGCUAGGAAUGCGUCAAGAACCCUCUUCAGAUGGAGGUGAACGUAUUGUUGUUUCCCUGCCAGUCCUUGAAGGUUUAGAAGAUGUCCAGGAGGAGGAGGAUGGGCUGGCAUGCAUGGUAUGCCGGGAAGGAUACAGUUUAAGGCCUGCUGAUUUAUUGGGUGCUUACUCUUACAGUAAGCGAGUGAAUCUAGGUGUUGGUUCUUCAGGAAGUGCUCGUGGAGGAGAGUGUGUUUACACUACAGUAAGUUACUUCAAUAUUAUUCAUUUCCAGUGCCAUCAAGAGGCCAAGAGAGCUGAUGCUGCUUUGAGGAAUCCAAAGAAAGAGUGGGAUGGGGCAACACUUAGAAACAACGAGUCUCUUUGUAAUUCGUUAUUCCCAGUCAGAGGUCCAUCUGUUCCUCUGGCACAGUAUCUUCGCCAUGUUGACCAGUAUUGGGACAACCUGAAUGCACUUGGACGCGCUGAUGGAAAUAGGCUCCGCCUGCUGACUUAUGACAUUGUUCUGAUGUUAGCUCGGUUUGCAACAGGAGCAUCGUUCAGUGCAGAUAGCCGAGGGGGUGGACGGGAAAGUAAUUCCCGGUUCCUCCCAUUUAUGAUCCAAAUGGCACGCCAUCUACUUGAUCAAGGAAGCCCCUCCCAGCGUCGCAAUAUGGCCAGGGCAGUAUCAGCAUACAUAUCCUCUUCCUCGUCAGAUGUCAGACCCUCUUCUCCAUCUGGCACCCAACCUUCAUUGGGCACCGAAGAGACUGUCCAAUUUAUGAUGGUAAACUCAUUUCUCUCAGAGUCUUAUGAGUCCUGGCUGCAGCAUCGCCGUGCUUUUCUGCAGCGUGGAAUUUACCACGCAUACAUGCAGCACACACAUUCUCGUGCACCAUCUGUUACAGCUCCUCCACAAGGUGUAGAAUCUGGAAGCAUUGGCCAAAGUGCUACAGCAGAAGCAGGGAAGAACGAUGAUCUUUUGUCUAUUAUUCGUCCAAUGCUUGUCUAUACAGGCUUAAUUGAGCAGUUACAACAUUUCUUCAAGGUCAAGAAAUCAGCAAGUGCAAUACCUGCAAGGACUGAAGGGGCUUCAUCUACAACAGAAGGGGAAGAUGAAAAUGGAACCCUGGAACCCUGGGAAGUAGUUAUGACAGAGCGACUCUUGAAUAUAAAGGAGCUGCUCGGAUUCCCCAACGAGAUGCUGUCAUGGCUUGAUGACAUUAAUUCUGCCACGGACUUGCAGGAGGCCUUUGACAUAGUUGGUGUUCUUGCUGAGGUGUUGUCUGGUGGGUUCACCCGGUGUGAUGAUUUUGUGCAGGCUGCAAUUAAUGCGGGGAAAAGCUGAAUAUUUUUGUGUUUCUCAUUCGUAAUAGUGAAAUAUUAAACAGCUCAACUCCUACUCUGAGGGAAUGUAAAACGCUUGGCUACUAUGUUCUUUUGAACGUACGAAGCCGAUGAAAAUGCAAGGGGACCUGCAUAUUGUGAUGGUGUG